AUGUUGCCCUACAUCAACGCCCCGUUUGUCUACGUGGCUGGCAAACUGGGCGCAGCACCUGAUGAGUUNGUUUCUAUGUUCUACCUUGUCGGCCUCUUCGACUUGUGGGCCGGUCUGCGUACCAUCUUGAUCAGCUCUGUGGGUGCAUAUUCGAUUGCGGGAUAUAUACAGGGACCUUAUAUGCCAUGGGUUGGCUUCGUCUUUCUCAUGGGACACAUGUCUGUCAACCACAUCUAUCGCCAGAUCCUCAAUGACCCUAGCACUGUCGACAUCACCGGUGCCCAGAUGGUCUUGGUUAUGAAACUGACGGCCUUCUGCUGGAACGUCUACGACGGCACACUACCUGAAGCCUCCCUGACCGACCACCAAAAAGAUCGCGCGUUGAGAAAGUUGCCCGGUCUGCUUGAUUAUGCUGGUUUCGUGUUCUUCUUCCCGUCGCUGUUCGCGGGUCCUGCUUUCGAUUAUGUUGACUACAGGCGAUGGAUCGAGACCACCAUGUUUGAGCUUCCUGAUGGCGUUGACCCUUCCAAGGCGCCGCCAACUCGUAAGCAACGCAAGAUUCCUCGUAGCGGUACACCUGCAGCAUGGAAAGCAGCCUUUGGUCUUCUCUGGAUCUUUGCAUUCCUCCAGUUCUCUGGCUAUUACUACACUGAUUUCUUGCUUUCCGACGUUUACAAGGAGUAUGGUAUUCUUCGUCGCGUCUGGAUCUUGCAUAUGCUAGGCGUCACCACUCGCAUGAAGUACUACGGUGUCUGGUCUCUUACCGAAGGCGCUUGCAUCCUCUCUGGCAUCGGUUACAAGGGUAUUGACCCCCAGACCGGAAAAGCCGACUGGAACAGACUGCAGAACGUGAAGCCUCUUGCCAUCGAACUGGCUCAGAAUAGCCAUGCCUACCUCGGCAACUGGAACAUCAACACAAACUUGUGGUUGAGGAACUACAUGUAUCUGCGAGUCACGCCCAAGGGCAAGAAACCCGGUUUCAGAGCUAGUAUGGCUACCUUUGUUACCAAUUCACGCCGCUUGAUCCGUCCCUUCUUCAUGAGCGCAGACGGCACAAAGCCCCUGCCUUCGAAACGCUACUACGACAUCUUCACCUGGCUAUGCACCCAACUCGCCUUCUCCUUCACCGUCGCCCCCUUCAUUUUCCUCGGCUUCGGUGAUUCUCUCUUGAUCUGGCAGCGCGUCUACUUUUACACCAUAAUCGGCGUCACCGCCUCUUCUCUAUUCCUUUUGUCUCCCGGCAAGCAGUUUUUGCAGCAAAAGGUCAAGCAACACUCCAAGCCUAGUGAGGAACAGGUCAAGGAGGAUCUGGAGAAGGAGAGCAGGAAUCCGACUUUGGGGUUGCCGGAUGACCCUGGCCGUGCUUGGGAUGAAAUGGUCGAGGAGAUUACGGCCGAGAUUCAAGAGAGGAAGAGAAAGGGGUUGCCUAUUCCUGCAAAACUGAGACAAGAGGCUGAGGCUGUUGGAAAGACGGUCACUUAG